AUGAAUCCGGUAAUCCAGGACAUACUCAUCCUGGAGCUUAUGCUCUCCUCUGGGGAGGGGGUUUUUAUAGAGAGAGGUAAGUCGAGGGUAGCCUCCCGCUUGACCGAUUUCUCGGAGUCGGAGGAAGAUCUCUCAUCCGAUCAUCCUGAACACGAAGGAGCUGCUCUCGAUGUCUGCGGAUCCAUUCUUCUAUACGAUAAAUCGCCAUCUCGUAGCACCACCACGACACCGAUUCCCCGACAAAACCCCCGAUUUCCCGAGAGUGAGAUAGCCGAUAGUAGUAGACUAAGGCCGCUAUUCCUGACAAGGAAUAGAGUAAGGCCUUUACCGAUGUGCGUAGAGUAUCGAAAGGAACCUCUCGGAGAAGUUCCGGGCCUCAACAGCCCUCCUUUCUUAUCUAUUUUCAUAUAUAAUAUAAAGAGAAUAGAAAGCGUACUGACUCUGACUGCUAUCUACGAUGCGAUCAUGGGGAAUAGCGCAAGGGCUUAA